GCAUCAUAAAAACAAAGAAACGAUCAAAAAAGUUCGUUGCUGAUAUCGGUACUUGUUGAAUCGAUCAUAAAUUCCUUCAAUAAUGCAGAGUAAUCUCCUUUAUAUACGACCUUUUUCUGCUUGGAACUUCUACAAACAACCCUAUAAAUAAUAUAAUACCAUUUCUUGAGCUGCAGCAGCACUUGCUCAUAACUUUGGACGUCUCUGCGCUCAUCAUACCUUUACAACAACAUGGUCUUAUUCAUUUGGCUUUUCCUGGAGGCCAUAUUUUGGAUCUAUCUUCGACAAACGUGGAUCCGCUUACAACGUCAUUUGAAACCAGAUACGCUGCCCUCAGAUGAAGAACGAUACCGUCUAUACUGGAACUGCGUCCACACGGUCACUGAUGAUUUUGAGGGUUGGCUGACCGGGUGGUUUUUGUAUACUACUGGGAACGAUGGCCAGCCUGAGCACCCAAAUUUUGAAGAAAUUCAAAGAGAGAAUGUUGCACUCUGGCUUUCUUGGGCAUUUUGGUGUGAUAGCACAGAAAAUGUACGGAUGGUUGAUACAUUUGCAGCUGAACUAGAAUGGAUGAUUCACACUAUCGAGGUCAUGUUCAAAGUCAAGUUUCCAAAAGGUUACAACCCGCACAUCCGUUGCAUUCGACCCACCUUGGACAGUUUCAGUUACGUCCAUCGUCCACUGAUAGCGUACGCAUUUAACUAUCUUAUGACUGGUACUUUCAACCUUCUCUUCCUGGAAAUGUUUGCGGGAUAUCGGCGAUAUGGAUCGAAUCGACCAGGCAUUCGGUGGGGGAUGCUUUUCCACCUUUUUUCAUCACCACCGCUGCGGACAACACAUAGCCAGACAGUAAAGCAUUCUUUGGGGUCAACAGACGACACACAACAUUACCAUCUCGCCUACUGGUAUCGGAAGGGCAAGGCAGCAAGUACAACACCGAUCCUAUUUAUACACGGUAUCGGCACAGGUCUAAAUGUUUAUGCUGAGUUUAUACAUCGUAUCACUGCCUUGGAUCGUCCAGUGUUUUGCAUCGAAUUACCACACGUAUCCAGUCGUUUGGUUGAACAUGUACCCACGCCCCAAGAAAUAGUCUCUGAAAUCCAAGUGAUGUUAAACACGCACGGAUUCGACAAAGCUGUUGUUGUCGCUCACUCUUUGGGAACAGCGGUCGCUAGCUGGAUUGGCAACUUGGCUCCAGACCUCGUUGCAGGUCUCGUUCUUAUUGACCCUAUAUGCUUUUUACUUCAUCAUCACUAUGUGGCAUACAAUAUGUUAUAUCGAGUUCCGAAGCGUCCUGCCGAGUACUUUAUUCAUUAUUUCGCAUCACGAGAGUUAUACAUUAGCUACUAUAUCAACCGACAUUUCCACUGGUACCAAACAGCUUUCUUUGUUGUUGAUGAGACCAAUACAUCAUCAAAACCACCCAUUCUACCAAACCAGAAGCGCGACCUAAAGAGCCCAUUCCAUAAUUCAGCCGUCUAUCUCUCGGAGAAGGAUGCCAUAGUGAAUACCCACCUGAUCACUCACUAUUUAAUCCGUCAGUCCGUCGAUACAACGGUCAUGACCCAGCUAGCCCAUGCCGAAUUUCUUGUUAGAUCGGAAUGGCGUAAGCGGAUCAUGUUGGAUAUUGAAAAUAUUGUUAUAAAGACAGAGGAAAAGGACGAAGCUGUGGUGUUUUUAGAUGGAAAGUUGUAAGAAAAUAAAGUUUCGCGUUGCAUGAAACUUUGGCAUGCUUUUUUUUUAAUUUGGCUGGAUGGAAAAAAUUCAGUUGGAUUACGUUGCAGUAGAUGAUUUAUAGCAUAGAUGCUCGAGAAAAGUAUCAUGAAUGCCCUUGGGAAGGGAGGCUUUGCCAGAAACAGUAGCUACGAACGUGUUUCUGACACAGGUCACCCUAUA